UGCUUGCAAUCGAGCCUCCAGGCACAGGAUGCCUGCGCGCCAACAAACACAACCUGCAUCUGCUUAGACGCGCCUUUGAUGACUUCCAUCUCAAACUGCGUCCUGGCAUCAUGUACCCUAAAGCAAGCGUUGGUGGCAAGGAACAACACGGCAACCAUGUGCGGAGAACCCGUUCGCGACAACACAAGAAUCACGCCCAUUAUCUCUGGUGUGUCAGGCGGCGCAGCAAUUCUAGCAAUCCUCGCUCGUUGCUACGCUGUUGGCAAAUCGUUUGCCGUAGACGACCUCUUCGCCGUCAUCUCACUCAUCCUUGCCCUUCCUAUGGGCAUAGUCGAGUUCUUCAUGUCUGUCGAUGGCUUCGGAAAAGACGUCUGGACACUAGCCCCUGACAAGAUCAACUCGGUCGUGCGGCUGACCUGGAUCACUGAAGUCUUCUACUUUGCCGCCGUCGCCACGACAAAAAUGUCGUUUCUCCUGUUUUGCCUGCGCAUAUUUCCGCGCAAACAAUUCAGACGCGCCGCUCACAUUCUGUUGGUAGUGUGCGUCGUCUUUUGUAUUGUCUUCACCUUCGUGACCAUCUUCAACUGCAUACCGGUCUCGUACAUCUGGACAAACUGGGACCGCGAGCACAAGGGCAAAUGUAUCAACUUCAACGCAUUUACAUGGUCCCACGCUGCCAUCAACAUCUUCCUCGACUCCAUCAUCUUGGGUAUCCCGAUCCCAGAGCUCCUGAAUCUGUCCAUGAGCUCCCAGAAGAAGAUUUACAUCAUCAUGAUGUUUAGCAUCGGCGCCCUCACAACCGUCGUAUCUAUAAUCCGCCUACAGACGCUCGUCAAAUUCGCCAAAUCCCCAAAUCCCACAUACGACUACGUCGCAACGGCAUACUGGUCCGUUCUCGAAGCCUUCCUCGGCAUUUUCUGCGUCUGCAUGCCGGCGCUACGCCGCUUCCUCGCCAUCCUCGUGCCCAGCUGCUUCGGCUCCACGCACAACAGCAACCAAUACGAGCAC